GCAGCCGUGCCGAGAAAAACGACUUGACGACGAUGUGCGUGUCGUAUCGACGCUGGAUUUGAUCUCCUCUUGCGUCUCCUGACCUCUCUCGUUGCAAAUCAAUCCAUGUUCCUCCAUCCACGGCAGCAAAAAUGGAGCUGCCGUGGCUGCUGCUGUACCUGGCUCUUUCCCUUCCAGUGGUGCCACCAGCAGCGUCGCAGCCGCCGCCGGGCUGCCGGCGGCGGUGCGGCAACGUGACCGUCCCUUACCCGUUCGGCAUCGGCGCGGGCUGCCACCGCGGCGCGGCCGCGGGGGGCUUCCGGCUCCGGUGCGACGACGCCCGCCGCCCGCCGCGCCUCACCGUGGCCGGCUACGGCCACGAGGUCGCCGCCAUCUCGCUCCCCGCGGCGGAGGCCACCGUGCUCCUGAACGCCAGCCGCGCGUGCUACGACCGCCCCGGCGACCCCGCCGGGCGCGCCGUCACCCUCCGGGAGCACUACCCCAUGGCGCUCAACGGCAGCGCGUUCCUCUUCUCGUCGAUGAAGAGCAAGUUCGUGUCCGUCGGGUGCCCCGGCCUCGCCUACUUCACCGACGGCGACGGGUACUACGUCACGGGGUGCAUGUCCGUGUGCCGCCCGUCGGAGCGCGCGCUGCCGGGGUCGUGCCGGGGCGACGACGGCUGCUGCCAGAGCAACAUCCCGCUCGGCCUCGCCUCCUACAGCCCUCACCUCGGGAGCUUCGGCCGCCGCCGCCGCGGCCAGGAGGAGACGACGUUCUUGGACAACACCACGGCCUGCGCCUACGCGUUCAUGGUGGAUUCGUGGUGGUUCUGGCUCGCCGGCUCCCACUUCAACCGCACCGGCGACUUCGCCGUGCCCGUCGUCCUGGACUGGGCCAUCAGGGACGCCCCGGGGGGCUGCGCCGCCGCGCAGCGGGACCCUGACAAUUACGCGUGCCGGAGCGCGCACAGCGUGUGCCUCGAAUCGGCCAACGGGCCCGGGUACGUCUGCAACUGCACCGACGGGUACCAGGGCAACCCCUACCUGAUCGACGGCUGCACAGAUGUCGAUGAGUGCCAGCACAGGGAAGAGUUCCCGUGCUACGGCGACUGCGUCAACACGCCGGGCAGCUUCACCUGCAAAUGCCCCGAAGGAUCCAGUGGGAAUGCAACUAUCCUGGAUGGCUGCCGCCCGGACAGCAAAUUCAGUGCAGCACUCAAGGCCGUCAUAGCUACAAGCGCCGGCGUGUUCUUUCUGCUGCUGGCCGGCUUCUCGGCGCACCUGUGGCGUCAGAAGCGGAGGCUGCUCCAAGCAAAGCGGCGGUUCUUCGAGCAGAACGGCGGCAUCCUCCUGCAGCAGCAGCUGGGUUCGCUGGCCAGCGCCGGCGUCGCGUUCAAGAUCUUCUCCGAGGAGGAGAUCAGCAGGGCCACCGACGGCUUCGCGGAGGCGCGGGUCCUCGGCCGCGGCGGCCACGGCGUCGUCUACAAGGGCGUCCUCGCCGACGGCUCCGCCGUGGCGGUCAAGAAGUCGAGGGUGGUCGACGCGAAACAGGUCAAGGAGUUCGCCCGGGAGAUGCUCAUCCUCUCCCAGAUUAACCACCGCAACGUGGUCAAGCUGCUCGGCUGCUGCCUCGAGGUCGAGGUGCCCGUGCUGGUCUACGAGUACGUCCCCAACGGCAGCCUCCACGGCCACAUCCACGGCGACGACGGCGAGGGCAAGCUGCCGCCGGGCGCGCGCCUCCGCGUCGCGGCCGAGUCCGCGGACGCGCUCGCGUACAUGCACUCGUCGGCGUCGCCGCCGGUCCUCCACCGCGACGUCAAGUCCGCCAACAUCCUCCUCGACGGCGACCUCGCGGCCAAGGUGUCCGACUUCGGCGCGUCGCGUCUGGCGCCGGCCGGCGAGGCGGCGGUGGCCACGCUGGUCCAGGGGACGCUUGGGUACCUCGACCCCGAGUACCUGCUGACGAGCCAGCUCACGAGCAAGAGCGACGUGUACAGCUUCGCGGUGGUCGUGCUGGAGCUGCUCACCGGGAGGAAGGCGUUCGUCCCGGUGGAGGACGAGGAGGAGGAGGAGGAAGGGGGGCUCGCGUUCUUCUUCAUCACCGCGGCGCAGGCCGGUCGGCACCGGGAGGUCAUGGACCGGCGGGUUAGGGAGGAGGUCGGCGUGGAGGUGCUGGACGAGGCCGCAGAGCUGGUGAUGCGGUGCCUGAGCAUGGUCGGCGAGGAGAGGCCGACCAUGAAGGAGGUCGCCGACAAACUCCAUAGCCUCAUCAGAAGCAGCGCGGAAAAUUAAGAGGUUCCUUAGAUGAAUUAGUGAUGUUUCUAUUGCACAUUACUGCUAAUUGUUGACGCUCACGCGACCUACAGUUGAGUUGCCUGAAAACAAUCGGCCGUGCUCCAGUCAUUCUCCUAGCUAUCAGCUGUUCAGAUUCAGUAAAAAUUCAGAAAACAAUCUUAGAUUGCCUGACAACAA